UCGGCUCCUAUCGGUAAUUAGUCAGACCGGAAAAUGAUGUCAAGAUGUCGGCCAAAAGGGAUUUGUUUCCAGAGAUAGAACCAUUUGAUUCUGGAAAACUCAAAGUUUCAGAAAUCCACGAUAUUUACUACGAACAAAGCGGAACCAGCGAAGGAAAUCCAGUAAUAUUUAUUCAUGGUGGGCCAGGAAGCGGUACCUCAGCUAGAGACCGGCGAUUCUUUGACGCUGAGGCUUACAAAAUUAUCUUGUUUGACCAGAGAGGAACUGGGAAGUCUACACCUCAAGGAGAUCUACGGGAAAACACAACUUGGGACCUAGUGGAGGAUAUAGAACGUCUUAGAAAACACCUGGGGAUCGACAAGUGGGUGGUGUUUGGAGGGAGCUGGGGGUCUACACUGAGUCUUGUGUAUGCUGAGACGCAUCCAGAUCGUGUGAAGGCCCUUGUACUUAGAGGAAUCUUUAUUUUUAGCAGACGAGAACUACUGUGGUCUUAUCAGGAUGGGGCCAAUCAUUUGUUUCCAGAUCUGUGGGAGGACUAUUUAGCCCCGAUACCCGUGGGAGAAAGGGGGGACUUGAUGAGUGCGUACUACAGACACUUGACCAGUGAUGAUGAGGAAAAGCGAGUAAAGGCAGCAAAGGCAUGGAGCAAAUGGGAAAUGGCGACAUCCCGCUUACAGGUUGACGAGGACUUGUUAAAGAGGGCGGACGGAGAUAUCUGGGCACAGCAAUUUGCCAGGAUCGAGAGUCACUAUUUCGUGCAUGGAGGAUGGUUGAAACAAGAUGAUCAAAUCUUACAAGAUGUGGGAAAGAUAAGACACAUUCCAGCAACCAUUAUACAAGGACGUUAUGAUGUUAUUUGUCCGAUGGAAACAGCUUGGUUACUUCAUAAGAAAUGGCCGGAGGCCGAUUUUCACGUAAUACCUAAUGCUGGCCAUUCUACAAAGGAAGCCGGAAUACUUCACCAACUAAUUGAGGCCACGGACAAAUACAAAAACCUAUGAUCAAACUGAAAAAUUGAAAUAAGUCAUGUGGUAUAUCAGAUCUUUACUGAGGAUAAGGACAGUUACAAAAAAACUGUGAUCUAAGUGAUGGACCUCAACAAGUCUUCAAAUAUAGCUUUUUAUACUGUGGACAACGAAGACCUCAGUACUACAUAUAGAGCUAUUUCUACUGUGGACAGGUAAAACCUCAGCUCUGCGAUGAAUAUAACUUUUUUAUUCGGAGGACAGCGAAGAGCUGUACUACAAUUGAUAUGUAGAGGAUACUGAAUGGUUUCCCGUUUAAUAUAAAAUUUAUUUCACGAUUAUCACAGAAUAUCGACAUUUUUCACGAGUGCAAAUCACAAUUGAAAAAUAUCGAAAUUUUAUAUCAUAAUAUAUCACUUAUAUUUGGUUGUGUUUAAAAAAAAUAGCCAAAAAUCUUGGUCUGUAUUUAUGCUAUUGAACGGUCGUUAAACGACUGUAUGGUCGCCAUAUUGAUAUAUCUGUCCAAUCACAAAGACUCGUUGGUUUAAAGGUUUUGUUGUUGAUAUUUUGUAAUCCUUCCGAUUUUUAAGGACGAAUGAUGAAUUGUACAAACAACAGAACUUGGAGACGUGAAGAAGAAUGAGCUUCAAAGGGGAUCAAUCAUGGAAUUUAUUAUUUGAUAUAAGUCUGUUGUUCGUUGAUUGUGUUAUUUCACUUGAUGUUCUGAAAGCAAGGCAAAGAUUGUAAAGGAAAAGUAAUGAUUUUGAAAUAUAUGAAAAACAAAGAAUCAGAUGAAGAAGUACAGAUUUGAAAUGUUUGACAUGAUUUUCAUUUGUUAUUGUUUUCCCUUUUGUUUUCCCUUUGAGAGCAAUGCCUUAUAAGGUUACAUAUACACAUAAGUAACUGUCAUAUGAUGGUAGCCGAUGACUGGUGACAGUAUAGUUUUGUCACCAUUCCUGUCAUCUACAGCAAUGGUAGAUGUUGAUGUACAAGAGACGGUCGAUUUUGACAGUUUUCUUAUGUUUUAUUAAUACAAAUAUUAGUUAAUUCUUUUGA